AGUAGUUCACCGCCCGCACGCUCAGCAGCCUGUCCGCCGGCGGGUCACGGCCUCUUCUGCCGGGGCUUGGUGGUCGACUCGUCUGUGUCUCCGCUGUUGUCGUCUUGGCCCUCGCGCCCCCCAAGUUCUUUCGUGUCGGGGGGUGGGGAGGAGGGCCGCGGGCCGUGUCUUUGCGGGGGGGUCACUCGGCCGGGAAGGAGGUGACGGGGCGGCGCGGGGCGUGGACACUCCCCGCCGGGAUCCCGCCUGCCAUGGACUCGGAGUAUUACGGCGGCGACCAGUCAGCAGAUGAUGGUGGCGCUACCCCAGUACAGGAUGAACGGGAUUCAGGGUCAGACGUUGAGGAUGAUGUAAAUGAACAGCACUCUGGAUCAGACACUGGAAGUGUAGAACGCCACUCAGAGAAUGAACCUAGUGAUCGAGAAGAUGUCCUCAACAAAAGGCAGGCAACAGACUCAGAGAACGAAGAGCCUUCCAACCUCAAUGCCAGUGACUCUGAGAGCGAGGAGCUGCACAGGCAGAAGGACAGUGACUCUGACUCUGAGGGACAUGCAGAGCCUCCUGCGAGCGACUCUGACAACGAGGACGUCAACCAUCGUGGGAGCGACUCCGAGAGCGAGGAGAACAGGAAGCAGCCUGCCAGUGACUCUGACAACGAGGAUGGCAACCAUCAUGGGAGCGACUCCGAGAGUGAGGAUGUCAGGAAGCAACCUGCCAGCGAUUCGGAGGCUGAAGAGCUGCAUAAAAGCCCCGCCAGUGACUCUGAGCCGGAGGGUGCUGUGAAACCUCAAGCCAGUGACUCCGAGAGCGAGGAGCCUCCCCGGCACCAUGCCAGCGACUCGGAGAACGAGGAGCUCCCCAAGCCCCGAGUCAGCGACUCCGAGAGCGAGGAACCUCAGAGAACUCAGGCCAGUGACUCGGAGAACGAGGAGCUCCCCAAGCCCCAAGUCAGCGACUCCGAGAGCGAGGAACCCCCCCGGCACCAGGCCAGCGACUCGGAGAACGAGGAGCUCCCCAAGCCCCAAGUCAGCGAUUCCGAGAGCGAGGAGCCCCCGAGGCACCAGGCCAGCGACUCGGAGAACGAGGAGCUCCCCAAGCCCCGAGUCAGCGACUCAGAAAGUGAGGAACCUCAGAGAACUCAGGCCAGUGACUCGGAGAACGAGGAGCUCCCCAAGCCCCACAUCAGCGACUCUGAGAGUGAAGGGGCUCAGAAGGGACCUGCCAGCGACUCGGAUACCGAGGCCACCUCCACACACAAACAGAAGCCCCGGGCAGACGAUGACAGCGAUAGGGGGAAUAAGAGAGAGGGCGCAGAAGUGCAGGAUGACUCCUCCCGUCCUGACAGCCACGCAGACAGAAAACAGCUUCACAGCUCUGACAGUGAGGAAGAAGAACACAAAAGACCAAAGAUCGACAGUGAUGAAGAUGAAGAAAAAGAGGGGGAGGAGGACACAGUGAUGAAGAGAAAAGCGGCUGUGCUUUCUGAUAGUGACGACGAGAAAGCAUCAACAGCAAAGAAGAGUCGUGUUGUGUCAGAUGCAGACGACUCUGACAGCGACGUCACAACAGACAAACCGGGCAAAAGAGAGAAGACCCUAGCAUCUGACAGUGAGGAAGAAGUGGGGAAAGAGGAGGCAUCUGACAAGAAGAAUGAAGAGAAGGAUCUGUUUGGGAGCGAUAGUGAGUCAGGCAAUGAAGAAGAGAAUCUUAUUGCAGACAUAUUUGGAGAAUCUGGUGAUGAAGAGGAAGAAGAAUUUACAGGCUUCAACCAAGAAGAUUUAGAAGAGGAAAAAAAUGAAACACAAGUAAAAGAAGCGGAAGAUUCAGAUUCUGAUGACAACAUCAAGAGAGGAAAACACAUGGACUUCCUAUCGGACUUCGAGAUGAUGCUGCAGCGGAAGAAAAGCAUGAGCGGCAAACGCAGGCGGAACCGCGAUGGCGGCACUUUCAUCAGUGACGCGGAUGACGUGGUGAGCGCCAUGAUCGUCAGGAUGAACGAGGCUGCAGAGGAAGACAGACAGUUGAACAAUCAGAAAAAGCCAGCAUUGAAAAAGUUAACAUUACUACCUACCGUGGUCAUGCACCUUAAGAAGCAGGACCUUAAAGAAACAUUCAUCGACAGUGGCGUGAUGUCUGCCAUCAAAGAGUGGCUAUCACCUUUACCAGACAGGAGUCUGCCAGCACUAAAGAUCCGGGAGGAACUGCUGAAGAUUCUGCAAGAGCUACCUAGUGUGAGCCAGGAGACCCUGAAGCACAGUGGGAUUGGACGAGCAGUGAUGUACCUCUAUAAGCACCCCAAGGAGUCGAGACCUAAUAAGGACAUGGCAGGGAAGUUAAUCAAUGAAUGGUCUCGGCCUAUCUUUGGUCUCACCUCAAACUACAAAGGGAUGACCAGGGAAGAAAGAGAACAGAGAGACCUAGAGCAGAUGCCUCAACGACGAAGAAUGAACAGCACUGGUGGUCAGACACCACGAAGAGACCUGGAAAAGGUGCUGACCGGAGAAGAGAAGGCUCUAAGACCUGGUGAUCCUGGAUUCUGUGCUCGGGCGAGGGUCCCAAUGCCAUCCAACAAGGACUAUGUUGUCAGACCCAAGUGGAAUGUGGAGAUGGAGUCAUCCCGGUUCCAGGGAUCCUCCAAGAAGGGCAUCAGUCGGCUGGAUAAGCAGAUGAGAAAGUUCACAGAUAUCAGGAAGAAGAGCAGGUCUGCACAUGCCGUGAAAAUUAGCAUCGAGGGCAACAAGAUGCCAUUGUGACCUUCCUGGCGCGUCCCCAUCUCAGGAACACGCAAUGGACUCUUUUAGGAAAGAUGAUUUUUGUUUGUUUGUUUGUUUGUUUGUUUUUAGUGUAUCUGUAAAUGUUUCUGCUUGUAUCAAAUGUUGUCAUAGGAUUCACAUUUCUCAACCAUAUUUAAAAUUGUUGCGUUCUUUGUACAGAGGAGUACCGGUGAUACUUCUAUAAACUUUACA